GGUGCGAGUCCGGUCCCGCGUGCGGCAGCGGCGGGGGCUUCCAGGCGCAGAGCGUCCGCCCUGACUGUGAAACCGCGCGGGACACAACCCAUUGCAGCUCGUCACAUACUUACAAAUCGCUGUCGCUAGGGUUCCCGCCACUCCUCUCAGACCAGCCCCCCCACCCCUGCCACUUUUCGGAGUCCCCCGCCCCCGUCACUGCCUCCCGGGAGCUGCGGGGCAGUCGGACGCGGAGCGGUGGAGCGGCGAGGACGCCUGGCUGGAGCUGCCCUCUGCGGGGAGCCGGCGCCCCCUGCCCUUGGCCACGGCGUUGGGCGGGCACCCCCGCCGCCCUCGCUCCGCUGCUCCCGGCUCUCUUCUCCGCUCUCCUUCCGCAGGUCCCGGAGCUCCGCCACCGCCGGGUGCGGCGCGGCAGGCGCGAUGCGGCAGCUCUGCCGGGGCCGCGUGCUGGGCAUCUCGGUGGCCAUCGCGCACGGGGUCUUCUCGGGCUCCCUCAACAUCCUGCUCAAGUUCCUCAUCAGCCGCUACCAGUUCUCCUUCCUGACCCUGGUGCAGUGCCUGACCAGCUCCACGGCGGCGCUGAGCCUGGAGCUGCUGCGGCGCCUCGGGCUCAUCGCCGUGCCCCCCUUCGGCUGGAGUCUGGCGCGCUCCUUCGCGGGGGUCGCCGUGCUCUCCACGCUGCAGUCGAGCCUCACGCUCUGGUCCCUGCGCGGCCUCAGCCUGCCCAUGUACGUGGUCUUCAAGCGCUGCCUGCCCCUGGUCACCAUGCUCAUCGGCGUCCUGGUGCUCAAGAACGGCGCGCCCUCGCCCGGGGUGCUCGCCGCGGUGCUCAUCACCACCUGCGGCGCCGCCCUGGCAGGAGCCGGCGACCUGACGGGCGACCCCAUCGGGUACGUAACGGGCGUGCUGGCAGUCCUGGUGCACGCAGCCUAUCUGGUGCUCAUCCAGAAGGCCAGCGCCGACACGGAGCACGGGCCGCUCACCGCGCAGUACGUCAUCGCUGUGUCCGCCACCCCACUGCUGGUUGUCUGCUCCUUCGCCAGCACCGAUUCCAUCCGCGCCUGGACCUUCCCCGGCUGGAAGGACCCGACCAUGGUCUGCAUCUUCGCGGCCUGCAUCUUGAUCGGCUGCGCCAUGAACUUCACCACGCUGCACUGCACCUACAUCAACUCGGCGGUGACCACUAGCUUCGUGGGCGUGGUGAAGAGCAUCGCCACCAUCACAGUGGGCAUGGUGGCCUUCAGCGACGUGGAGCCCACCUCUCUGUUCAUUGCCGGCGUGGUGGUGAACACCCUGGGCUCCAUCAUUUACUGUGUGGCCAAAUUCUUGGAGACCAGAAAGCAAAGCAACUACGAGGACCUAGAGACGCGGCCCAGGGGAGAGGAGGCACAGCCAAGUGGAGAUCAGCUGCCAUUCGUCAUGGAGGAGCUGCCCGCGGAGGAUGGAAAUGGAGGGUCAGAAGGGGGCAAGGCAGCAGGUGGCUCCACUCAGAAGAGUGGGCCAGAGGCAAGGGGUGGCCCCAGAGGAGUCCCGCUGGUGGCUCGGAGUUCGCAGAUCACACGCGGCCCGGAGGAAGUGAGCAAGAGGUCCCUGAAGGAUGCUUACCUCGAAGUGUGGCGGUUAGUCAGGGGAACCAAGUAUAUGAAGAAGGAUUACUUGAUAGAAAAUGAGGAGUUACCCAGUCCUUGAAAAGGAGACGCAUGUAUGUAUAUAUGUACAUACGCUUAUUUUGUAUGUUCGAGAUACCAUAUUUUAAUGAGGGGCCGCACAGUUUUAUUCUUUGAGGAGUGGGGAAGGGAAGCAAAGAAAGAAGCUGAAACGCACUGGCAGCAACAGAAUUAGCAGCUGCGUGAAUUAUUUAGCCUGAGUUUACCUGAGGCAUCACAGAGACAAAGGAAUGUGAAGGUGCUGAACAAAGUGAGGCGGCGGUCUCAGCUGCAGACGGGAUAUGUUCAGUGCAGGCUGCACGUGAAUUUUCUGUCUUUAUAACCAUAACCGAAGGGCAGCAUGCACUAGGAGUUCCUCAACUCACCCCCUCCAGAGAUGGAGUGUAGACAGGAUGACAGCACUUAAAAAGCUCAAAGAGGACAUACGGGGAUACAUCUUCAGUGAUAGAAUUGCAGUGUUCAUGGCCAGCUGAGCAAGAGUAUAUUACUGAAGUUAUUAUGCACAUGCAUAUAUACGUACGUAUAUACGUAUACGUACAUAUAUGCACACGUAUAUAUUGAGUUGACGUUUACUGUUUAUAGUCAUCUGAAAUAUCAGGUUUACCCUCAUUUUUCUUCACUCAAACAAUUAAGUGCUCUGUUACUCUAUUAUAUAUUGGUAGAAAAUGUUAGAGCUGUUUUGAAUAUAUGAGUUCAUAGCUUCAAACCCGAAGGUCGAAGUUGGCUUUUAGUAAUUAUAAAAAUAUUUUAAAGGUUGUUUGGGUUCAUUGCUUCAUAAUAUCUAUUAUUGAAUGCCAUAACCUUUUGAGAAGCCAGUCUUACUGCGUCCUGUAUUCUUUCAAGCAAAUGCAAAGGCUGAGAAAUAAUUCGGUGUUCACUGAAGCCCAAGCAGAAGUGAGACCAUCCAGUUAAGCCGGCUCCCCCGAGUCACCCUGCACAUCCCAGACCCUGUGACAAAAACAGCAACUGCUAUAGUCACUUUAUGAUAUUUUUCUAUCUUAAAUUUGUCAAAAUAAAGUAUGAGUCUCUCUGCUAAAAGA